UAUUUCUCUUUCACUCUCUCCUUUCAAGGUCAACAAGAUGCUGAAGUUGCAAUAUAUCUGUGUUGAAAACGUCUAGGAGGGGUUUCAUUUGUUGUUCAACUCUAGUUUUCGUGUUGGGGUCUCUCGUUCCUCCAUGAACAAAGCACCGACCUUUUUUUCUCACUGUACUUGAUAGAAAGAUCCCUCCAUAAAAGGUUAGAAUUGGUCAUGGAUUUUGAGUCUAAAGAAGAACAGAUGGGUAGUAAAGGUAAGCUUCCUUUUACGCACUCUUCCUCUUCUUCUAAUUCAUCUUCUUCACAGUAUAAAACCCAGUUGGGUCCUUUCGGUAUCAACAACACCCGAUGGGAGCCUCAUCACCAGCAAAUGAGUCCCAACUGGUUAGGCAACAGGUACGAAGCCGAAGAAGAUAAAGAAGCGACCACCACCACCACUACCGUCCCGGCAGCAGCAACAGCAAGUGAAGGUAACUCUACACGCGUAGACUCAGAUUCAACGCUUGAGCUUAGGAGUAGUGCAAGUGGGAACAUCGAGAAAGAACACAUGUUCGACAAAGUGGUCACCCCAAGCGACGUGGGGAAACUCAACCGGCUUGUUAUCCCAAAACAACACGCUGAGAAGUAUUUCCCAUUGGAUUCUUCCACGAGCGACAAAGGUCUUCUACUGAAUUUCGAGGAUAGAAAUGGAAAGCCCUGGAGAUUCAGGUACUCUUAUUGGAAUAGUAGCCAAAGCUAUGUUAUGACCAAAGGGUGGAGCCGUUUUGUCAAGGAUAAGAAACUCGAUGCUGGGGAUAUAGUUUCUUUUCAGAGAGGAGCCGGUGAGUUGGGUAAAGGUCGUCUUUUUAUUGAUUGGAGGCGGAGGCCUGAUGCACCAGACCCGCAGGUUUCUUUUCGACAUCACCAUUUCCCUUUGCACCGCUCGAUCCCAUGGAAUCCAUUGCUAAUGCGACCGCCACCAACAGGAAGGGAUCACUUGCACUUGUCGCAGAUAAACCCUCUUAGCCGAAAUACAUACUACGGAGGUGGAAGCAAUUUGGUGAAUCCUGGUGGUACGAUGGGGUCGGUGUUUUAUUUGAGAUCAGCAGUGGUUUCGACAGCCCCACAAAUGGGAAUGGGAAUGAUGGAGUGGCAACAGCACGGUGGAGUUGUAAAACCAGUUGCGUUCGAAUCAGUACCUGUGGUCCAAGGCCAGGCAGCAGCCAAGAGGUUAAGGCUUUUUGGGGUGAACAUGGAUUGCCCCAUAUCGGAAUCCGAUGAGUACGACGUGAUAUCUACAACCACCAUAGCAAACGCCACAAUGGCAGCAUCGCAGACACGGCCUUCUUCAACAUCGUCUCAGCAUCCUCUUCAAUUAAGGCUCUACAAUGAAACCCCACUUCCCCCUACUGACUUCCUUAACCCCAACAAAGGGAAGGCUUCCAUGUCCUUGGAUUUGGAUAUCUGACACAUAACAAAUCGAUUCCACUUUCAAUUACAUUUUGCCACAAUCAACACCACCACCAACAAAAUGGCUGAAUUGCAAUGCUAGCUAGCUGCUAAUAGGCUUUUUUUUUCUUUUCUUUGUUAAAUUUACCACUUUCUUGAUUCUUAUAUGAGGGAGAAAACCCACCCAGCUGCUCAAACAUACAAUGCUGCUUUAUCAUCAUAUCCUUAUAAUCAAUACUGAAUAAAAAGGGAUAUUGAGUGGGAAAAACAAAA